CAAUAACCUAUUGAAUACUGAAUACAUCGACAGCUCGAAAUACAUGGCUUCGUCCGACGCUAGGCGAAGCUACAUCGAUUCUCGUAUUCUCUAUCAUGAGGACGAGGCUCGCCGUUUGAUGAAGUUGCUCCAGGACAGGAUCCGUGACCUGAAGACGGAACGGAACGAAUUGGCGCCAAUAUCACGCUGUCCCCCAGAGGUCCUCUGCAACAUCUUUUCUCAGUUAAAACGAUCAGUAGAAGACGAUUACGACUCGAAGCGUGCCUCCAGCCGGAUGGCAUGGAUUGUUGCCUCCCGGGUUUGCAGGCAUUGGAGGGCGGUGGUGCUCAGGUCUCCUAGUCUGUGGACGGACAUAAGCACCAGAAACUCCCCAGAAUGGAUAAAAACAGCGCUUUCAAGGUCUAGAGGGGCUGCUCUCUGUGUGCACAUCGACCUGACUCCAUACCGGGCCGACAGGUUUUUACCUGUUGUGGAAGAUGUUCUGGAUAAAAGCAGCACGAUUCAAAGCCUCGAGCUCAGCAUUGGCCCUAAAUACACACAGACCACCUUUCCACACCUUACGGCGCCGACCCCCAUGUUGCAGAGUGCAUUGAUCAUGAUGAUACCACCAGACCAACGCCUUGGUAUCAUAUAUGGUAAACCAGUUGCUUUACCAGUAAACCUAUUCGGGAACGAAGCUCCCAAUUUGCGGGUGCUCCACCUGAAGAACUGCGACUAUCCGUGGACCUCGAGCCUUUUUUCCAACCUCACGUCUCUGAAGGUCGACCUUUCCAACUGUUCUCCCAGCGAUGUACCAACCCAUCCGAUUGAAGAGCUCCUCAACGCACUGGUCAGAAUGCCGACGCUCGUCCGCCUCUACCUCUCGAGGAUUCGCCUCAACGGAACACCUCGAAUCACAGCUCGCUUGCCACACCUCAGCGAGCUUGAACUGGACUUAACGAGUCAGAACACCGCGCUACUCCUCCUCCACCUUCAGAUUCCCCCGUCAGUCAAAGCAUACCUUUCAUUCCGUGAAGCUGAUGAACGCAGUCGAGCCUUGAUUCCGGCAGCAUUGAGGACAUUGAAAUCAUCAGCCUCGGACCUACUACCUGCGACCAGCGAACUCCUCGGGUGUCAAAUCACCUGUGAAGGUCAAGGCAGUCUUCUAGUGGAAGGAUGGACGUCCCCCCACGGGAAACGCUGGGACGACACAAAGCUGCGGGUGUACAUCCGGAAAGCAGGCACAGGAUCGGUGCCUAUUUCCAUUUCGCAGAUAGCUUCUUGUCUGCCGCUGUAUGCGGUGGAGAGGUUAACCCUGAACGGGUGGUUCAACAGCCUGGCAGGGGACGAAGCUUCCUUGCUAUUCGCAAGUUUCCCUUCGGUGCGCGAGCUGGACAUCUCCUCAUUCGACAACCAGGAUGACUUGGUGGCAUGCCUCAAGGACGACCCCGCCUUCGCUGUUCCAUCAGCCCCGCCAACUUAUCUUCCCCUUCUCCAGAAGUGCGUAUUCGGGAAGGCUCUCUUCAGAGAGAGCCAUGAGAGGAUGGCUGAUUUCGAGAUGCUGUGGUCACUUCGUGCCCAGCGUGGGGCACGACUCAAAACGCUGGACAUCGGCUUAUCUGGCAUGCCCGAUGAUCAUGAGAUGGUCCCGCGGUUGAAAGAGGUCGUUGAUGAAGUAGAUACAAGGUCCGAGACAAGACGGUGGAUGGAGCUCUUCUGGGUGUAUAACGAAAGCACGAGCACGACUGGAGCCGUUGGACAGGGCGGCCUGGUUGUCGAGGGGUAG